AUGGGUGGUCCAGGCAAGGAAGAUUCCACGGCCCUUCUGGACGCCCUCGCAGCCUGGUAUUCUCAGCCCACUCUCCACUCAGUCUCCAGUGCCUCCAGUGUCACCUGUAGUUCAGUCUCCAGUGUCACCUGUAGUUCAGUCUCCAGUGCCUCCAGUGUCACCUGUAGUUCAGUCUCCAGUGCCUCCAGUGUCGCCUGUAGUUCAGUCUCCAGUGCCUCCAGUGUCGCCUGUAGUUCAGUCUCCAGUGCCUCCAGUGUCGCCUGUAGUUCAGUCUCCAGUGCCUCCAGUGUCGCCUGUAGUUCAGUCUCCAGUGCCUCCAGUGUCGCCUGUAGUUCAGUCUCCAGUGCCUCCAGUGUCGCCUGUAGUUCAGUCUCCAGUGCCUCCAGUGUCGCCUGUAGUUCAGUCUCCAGUGCCUCCAGUGUCGCCUGUAGUUCAGUCUCCAGUGCCUCCAGUGUCGCCUGUAGUUCAGUCUCCAGUGCCUCCAGUGUCGCCUGUAGUUCAGUCUCCAGUGCCUCCAGUGUCGCCUGUAGUUCAGCCUCCAGUGCCUCCAGUGUCGCCUGUAGUUCAGCCUCCAGUGCCUCCAGUGUCGCCUGUAGUUCAGCCUCCAGUGCCUCCAGUGUCGCCUGUAGUUCAGCCUCCAGUGCCUCCAGUGUCGCCUGUAGUUCAGCCUCCAGUGCCUCCAGUGUCGCCUGUAGUUCAGCCUCCAGUGCCUCCAGUGUCGCCUGUAGUUCAGCCUCCAGUGCCUCCAGUGUCGCCUGUAGUUCAGCCUCCAGUGCCUCCAGUGUCGCCUGUAGUUCAGCCUCCAGUGCCUCCAGUGUCGCCUGUAGUUCAGCCUCCAGUGCCUCCAGUGUCGCCUGUAGUUCAGCCUCCAGUGCCUCCAGUGUCGCCUGUAGUUCAGCCUCCAGUGCCUCCAGUGUCGCCUGUAGUUCAGCCUCCAGUGCCUCCAGUGUCGCCUGUAGUUCAGCCUCCAGUGCCUCCAGUGUCGCCUGUAGUUCAGCCUCCAGUGCCUCCAGUGUCGCCUGUAGUUCAGCCUCCAGUGCCUCCAGUGUCGCCUGUAGUUCAGCCUCCAGUGCCUCCAGUGUCGCCUGUAGUUCAGCCUCCAGUGCCUCCAGUGUCGCCUGUAGUUCAGCCUCCAGUGCCUCCAGUGUCGCCUGUAGUUCAGCCUCCAGUGCCUCCAGUGUCGCCUGUAGUUCAGCCUCCAGUGCCUCCAGUGUCGCCUGUAGUUCAGCCUCCAGUGCCUCCAGUGUCGCCUGUAGUUCAGCCUCCAGUGCCUCCAGUGUCGCCUGUAGUUCAGCCUCCAGUGCCUCCAGUGUCGCCUGUAGUUCAGCCUCCAGUGCCUCCAGUGUCGCCUGUAGUUCAGCCUCCAGUGCCUCCAGUGUCGCCUGUAGUUCAGCCUCCAGUGCCUCCAGUGUCGCCUGUAGUUCAGCCUCCAGUGCCUCCAGUGUCGCCUGUAGUUCAGCCUCCAGUGCCUCCAGUGUCGCCUGUAGUUCAGCCUCCAGUGCCUCCAGUGUCGCCUGUAGUUCAGCCUCCAGUGCCUCCAGUGUCGCCUGUAGUUCAGUCUCCAGUGCCUCCAGUGUCGCCUGUAGUUCAGUCUCCAGUGCCUCCAGUGUCGCCUGUAGUUCAGUCUCCAGUGCCUCCAGUGUCGCCUGUAGUUCAGUCUCCAGUGCCUCCAGUGUCGCCUGUAGUUCAGUCUCCAGUGCCUCCAGUGUCGCCUGUAGUUCAGUCUCCAGUGCCUCCAGUGUCGCCUGUAGUUCAGUCUCCAGUGCCUCCAGUGUCGCCUGUAGUUCAGUCUCCAGUGCCUCCAGUGUCGCCUGUAGUUCAGUCUCCAGUGCCUCCAGUGUCGCCUGUAGUUCAGUCUCCAGUGCCUCCAGUGUCGCCUGUAGUUCAGUCUCCAGUGCCUCCAGUGUCGCCUGCAGUUCAGUCUCCAGUGCCUCCAGUGUCGCCUGCAGUUCAGUCUCCAGUGCCUCCAGUGUCGCCUGCAGUUCAGUCUCCAGUGCCUCCAGUGUCGCCUGCAGUUCAGUCUCCAGUGCCUCCAGUGUCGCCUGCAGUUCAGUCUCCAGUGCCUCCAGUGUCGCCUGCAGUUCAGUCUCCAGUGCCUCCAGUGUCGCCUGCAGUUCAGUCUCCAGUGCCUCCAGUGUCGCCUGCAGUUCAGUCUCCAGUGCCUCCAGUGUCGCCUGCAGUUCAGUCUCCAGUGCCUCCAGUGUCGCCUGCAGUUCAGUCUCCAGUGCCUCCAGUGUCGCCUGCAGUUCAGUCUCCAGUGCCUCCAGUGUCGCCUGCAGUUCAGUCUCCAGUGCCUCCAGUGUCGCCUGCAGUUCAGUCUCCAGUGCCUCCAGUGUCGCCUGCAGUUCAGUCUCCAGUGCCUCCAGUGUCGCCUGCAGUUCAGUCUCCAGUGCCUCCAGUGUCGCCUGCAGUUCAGUCUCCAGUGCCUCCAGUGUCGCCUGCAGUUCAGUCUCCAGUGCCUCCAGUGUCGCCUGCAGUUCAGUCUCCAGUGCCUCCAGUGUCGCCUGCAGUUCAGUCUCCAGUGCCUCCAGUGUCGCCUGCAGUUCAGUCUCCAGUGCCUCCAGUGUCGCCUGCAGUUCAGUCUCCAGUGCCUCCAGUGUCGCCUGCAGUUCAGUCUCCAGUGCCUCCAGUGUCGCCUGCAGUUCAGUCUCCAGUGCCUCCAGUGUCGCCUGCAGUUCAGUCUCCAGUGCCUCCAGUGUCGCCUGCAGUUCAGUCUCCAGUGCCUCCAGUGUCGCCUGCAGUUCAGUCUCCAGUGCCUCCAGUGUCGCCUGCAGUUCAGUCUCCAGUGCCUCCAGUGUCGCCUGCAGUUCAGUCUCCAGUGCCUCCAGUGUCGCCUGCAGUUCAGUCUCCAGUGCCUCCAGUGUCGCCUGCAGUUCAGUCUCCAGUGCCUCCAGUGUCGCCUGCAGUUCAGUCUCCAGUGCCUCCAGUGUCGCCUGCAGUUCAGUCUCCAGUGCCUCCAGUGUCGCCUGCAGUUCAGUCUCCAGUGCCUCCAGUGUCGCCUGCAGUUCAGUCUCCAGUGCCUCCAGUGUCGCCUGCAGUUCAGUCUCCAGUGCCUCCAGUGUCGCCUGCAGUUCAGUCUCCAGUGCCUCCAGUGUCGCCUGCAGUUCAGUCUCCAGUGCCUCCAGUGUCGCCUGCAGUUCAGUCUCCAGUGCCUCCAGUGUCGCCUGCAGUUCAGUCUCCAGUGCCUCCAGUGUCGCCUGCAGUUCAGUCUCCAGUGCCUCCAGUGUCGCCUGCAGUUCAGUCUCCAGUGCCUCCAGUGUCGCCUGCAGUUCAGUCUCCAGUGCCUCCAGUGUCGCCUGCAGUUCAGUCUCCAGUGCCUCCAGUGUCGCCUGCAGUUCAGUCUCCAGUGCCUCCAGUGUCGCCUGCAGUUCAGUCUCCAGUGCCUCCAGUGUCGCCUGUAGUUCAGUCUCCAGUGCCUCCAGUGUCGCCUGUAGUCCAGGCCCCAGUGCCUCCAGUGUCGCCUGUAGUCCAGGCCCCAGGGCCACCAGGUUCACCCGUUCACUCCACGCAGGGAGGAAGUCUUACGUCUUCUCAGUGUACUUUUCAGGGUUUAGCCGCCGUUGCGUUGCCUGGGCGGAGCCAGUGCUCAGUGCAUUGUCAGUCGCCACUGUGUCAGCUAGUGGCCUCCAUGACUGCUGGCUUGGUCAUGGCUUCUGCUGGAGGGUCCGAGGGACCGCUCCGGCCUUCGUCUCUAGUCUCCGCUGGAGGGUCCGAGGGACCGCCCCGGCUUUCGUCUCUAGUCUCCGCUGGAGGGUCCGAGGGACCGCCCCGGCCUUCGCCUCGUGUCUCCGCUGGAGGGUCCGAAGGACCGCUCCGGCCUUCGCCUCGUGUCUCCGCAGGAGGGUCCAAGGGAUCCGUCCGGCCUUUGCUUCCUGUCGUCGCUGGAGGCCUCCGUGUCCUCUUCCUCGUCUGGUCCAGCCUCCGUGUCCUCUUCCUCGUCUGGUCCAGCAUCAUCAUCACCAGCUUCAUCCGCGCCUGCAGCGUCAGCAUCAGCUUCUUUGGCUUCCGCAGCUGCCACGCGGCCGCCCGGUCCGGCCUUGCCUGGUCCGGCCUCAGCCUCGCCUGGUCCUGCUGUGGCAACUCUGCUGUCAGAGCCGGCUCGACCUGCGCCUCCUCGCCUUUGUUGGCCGCUUUUCAAGCCUCCGAGUCGGCAUCAUGGCCGUCGAGGGCGGCCCCCUGAACUGUUCGCCCGGCGCCGCCGUUGCCGUGCGCACGGUCGGCCGCCUGAACUGCUUUCCCCUUGGCUCCUGUGUUGCCGUCCUCACGGCCGACCCCCUGAACUGUGCCCACGUCGCCGCCGCUGCCGUCCUCACGGCCGACCCCCUGAACUGUCUGGGCUCCGGUGCUGUCGGCCCCCUGGCCGACCCCCCUGAACUGUGUCCACGUUGCCGUCCUCACGGCCGGCCCCCUGAGGUGUUCUGA